CUUGACGCAGCUGGUGAAGCUGUGGCCGCACCGCAGAGAAGUGAAGUUGAGCAUCCUGCAGAUCUUUAUUUUUAGAAGACUGAAGCAUCGUGGAUCCAGGGCAGUGGACUGAGCGGCAGAGUGUGUGGCAGCAGGACGGGCUGAGGGCUUCACGAUGGGAAACUUAAGAUCAGCGAGGCAGAGGAGGACUUCCUGCACAGUGAAUGACAUUUUACAGCUGCUCUCUUUUAUAACCCGCUUCUGCAUUUGAUGUCAUCACUCUGCUGUCAGGCGAUAUAGUUAGAGAAAACGAGCGAGGACUAUGAGUGGUGACAGUCAGCUGAAGUGGAUUCAAUUUGAUAACUCACAUUAAACCCAUUAUCCAGUUCAUGGUUUGGCUUGAACUCUGUAGCCUGGCAUAGGCAGACACAUCCCACUUGUCUACCAGAGGCUGUUCUCCCGUUUUAUGGAGGCCUUGCAUAGUUGCCUGACGACUGGGGAGCAGUCCAGUGGUCAAGAGCAUCAUCAGCCAGAGUCUCCUCCCCAAGGCUCCCGGUCUAAGUCUCCCUCCAAGCCCAGUGAGCAACAGCACACCGGCUCUCGAAAGCCCCAUGGCACACCCCAGCAAACCAAACAGUCCAGAAGACAGCAUCAUGAACGUAAACGUCUCCGACAUCAGCGGCAGAGUGUCGACUCAGAUGCGGCGCCGGAACCUAAACAUGAGACAACUAAAGACAUCACAGUUUCUAGUUCGUCAUCAGGAGUCCCACCGGCCUCGACAGGUGGACCAUCCCAGUCUAAAUCAGAGACCGAGGAGGGCACUCCAAAACAGAAACGUGAGCGCAAGCCUCAAAGACCAGGAAAGUAUGUCUGCACAUACUGUGGUCGUGCAUGUGCAAAGCCCAGUGUCCUGCAGAAACACAUUCGCUCCCACACAGGUGAAAGGCCGUAUCCUUGUGCCCCGUGUGGCUUCUCUUUUAAGACUAAGAGUAACCUGUACAAACACCGCAAAUCACAUACACACAGGGUCAAGGCAGGCCUGGCACUUGGGGAGCCUGGGAGAUCUCUAGAGGAGCAGGUCACUGAGUCCGAAGAUGAAACCAAACAGCCAUCAUCAGCAUCUUCUCUUGCAGAAAGACAAGGCAGUGUAGCCUCAAUCAAAAGCCCUGAAACAGACAGAGCCAAGGACUGCACUGGAGGAAGCGAUGACUCCUACGCAGUUAAGAAAAGACUAGCUCUGCGUCUAAGUCGAGGAAAACAUGGCCCUCAUGACUCAUCUUUUGAAAAGACUUCACCUCUUAUUCUUGCGAGUAAAGGUAGUACAGAAUCAGGCUAUUUCUCUCGAUCUGAAAGUACGGAGCAGUCACAGGACAGCCCCCCUAACACAUGUGCCAAAAGCUACGCAGAGAUCAUCCUAGGCAAGUACGGACGUCUCGGACACCUACAGAGGAUGGCUCGGCACCACAACCAGCAGUCCUCUGGUCAAGAGGACAAAAACAUCCCCUUCACUGUCCCCAAGAAGCAGGUCAUUGACCACAUCACCAAACUCAUCACUAUCAACGAAGCAGUGGUGGACACGAGUAAGAUCGACAGCGUGAAACCGAGGAGAUUUUCACUCUCAAGAAAGAACAGUUCAGAGUCUCAAAAGAGUUCCUCCAUGAAAGAUGCUCUCAUUCAGAGCCCUAAACCUGGAGAUCUGGGCUACAAAAACAGUGGCUCCAUCACCAUGGGAGUUCCAUGUGAAAAGUUUCAUCAUCCGUCCGUCAAUGUGGAGCAUCCAGCUGGCCAAACAUCCAACACCCCUCUAAUAAGAAGUCACUCAAUGCCCUCUGCAGCAAGUACUUUGGACGCCUCUAGUGGUGGCCAAAGUAAAUACUGCCCAAGUCAGUCCUUUGACGAAAGGCCGCAUGCAUCCCGUCGUUAUGGGAUGCUGAGACGACAGCCGGCAAUUGAAAUCCCUCUCAGUGCUGAGGUCACAAAAGAGGACCCCGAGAACUCUCAUUCGUUUUACCCUGAGAGUGUAACCACCGUACCGGACCACACGCAGAGUCACCCUCAGCCGUAUGAGUGCGAGGCCUGUGGUGUGGGAUGCAAAGAUUGGGAAGGUUACAAGAGACACAAGCAAAGUCUUUGUUUGGUACAUCACCCCAGGAAUGAGGUUGUGAUCAGUCAAAUGGAGUGUUCCCAGCUGAGUAACCAGACAUUCAGAGCGGGAGCGUCAGCGUUACGCAAGAGAAGGAAAGAGGAGAGCUUUGAGUUUGAUGACCCCUCUUCUCCUACACUACCCUCUCCUGCUGUCUUGUCAGGUAAAGAUGAAGGUAGUGUACCCUAUGAGUGCCCCAGGAGACCAACGCUGCAGACCUGUUCUGUAAUCCAACACACAAGUUCAUUUGAAAAACAGGAAUCAGUGUGCAAUGAGAGUCAAGGCGGCGAGGCCGCGAAGAACUCUCCAGCAUCUGAGGAAUACCAACUGGUUCCUCAGGCGCAACCCCAGCAACAGACAACGAAACCGGCAACCCGAAAGCUGGUCCGACAACACAGUGUGCAGGUCCCAGAGAUACUGGUCACAGAGGACUCCAAUAUGAACACAGGGACUGAUGCAGAGACAACAACACAAGCAAAACCACCUGAGAAGCCUGAUGAGUUUCAGUGGCCACAGAGAAGCCCCUCACUGGCCCAGCUCCCUAUUGAGAAGCUUCCCCCAAAGAAGAAGCGCUUACGUCUCGCUGAGGCUGCCCAGUCCUCUGGUGAAUCCAGUUUUGACUCCAUAUCCAUGCCACACAGCCCCAGCCAGAGCAGCAGUGCAUCCUACGCCUCCAGUCGUUCCACAUCCUUUGAAGAGUCAAGUAGACCAGACAUAGAGACAGCAACGUCCACCCCACUGAGGAGGUCAAGAGCUCCUCACAUGUUGACAGUUCCUGGAGUGCAUCAGCACAGAGAAAUGAGGCGCUCUGCAUCUGAACAGGCACCUCAUGACCCACAGCCGAGGGUCUUAAUCGCAGAGACCCGCAGCAAAUCUUUCGACUUCAGCUGUCUGUCCCCUGAGCGCUCUGCGGUUGGCUGGAGGGACAGAAGAAGAUGUCUUCUUAUGAGACACACUACUGUCCAAGAUCCAGACGAAGAGGAGGAGAAGUGCACCAAAACAAGUUGUAGUCCUGAAAAUGCCAGCCCCAGAGUAUGUUCCCAAAGAAGCCCGACUCCUGUGUUCUGCAGCAGAACCCCUUCUUCCCCUUUAUCAGGUGACACAGCGAUGCAUAAUCAAGUGAAUCUACAAUGUAAAGAGGUCUUCUGUCAGUGGAAAUGCAGUCAAAAUAUUCAGCUGACAGGCAGCACAGAACACUCUUUUACACAAUGUUUGUCUGCAGAUCCUGUAAAAGAGGAGGCCCCACAAUACCAUGCAGGGGAGCCUCCUCCCCUAGCACCACAGUCCUACCCAUCACACGGACCAUCAGGGGCAGCGAGAGCUCAUUACCUCCCUUUGUCUACUGGGCUGAAGCUAGAGAUUCCUUUCCUUCAUGAUGAUAGUUUAGAAGUCCGAGUCAAUCACUCCCACAUCCAGCACUCUGCCCCUCACAUCACUCCCAGUCCAGAACUAUUAAGACCAGUCACAUCUCCAGCAGUAGCAGUGCGUCUCCAAACAGACACCCUCACCCUAUCAUGUGCCAUUUACACCACAAUGUCCCAGUCCACCUCCACCAGGCCCCCAGAGAAGGUUGAUUCUGUUUCACAGAGUCUGAGAAUCCCAACAGCUGAAUACAGAGACAACAGGACUAUAAGUUCUGGUUUUCACUUGUGGUCUGACGAUGGCCUGAGGAUAUCGGGCACUGGGGGCAAUAAGCGCAUGCUUUCCCCUUCGAACAGUAUAGAGAUCCUCCCGGAGUCCCGGCAGCAGCAGAAACGGGUGAAAGAAGAAGAGGAGAGGGAGGUGGGGUUUGUUGACAAGGCGCUGGUGGACACCUGCAAUCAGGACUUCAAAGGAGAAAUUCAGUCAUGUCUGCCCCGUGUUUAUCCUCCUAUCACCCAUGUUGAACCCUCAUUCCCCAGUCUGCUGUCCAACACCUGUAAUAGCUGGUGCUAUUUAAACUACAUUAAACCAAACCCGUCUGCUCUGGAUGAACAGAAGCCCUCAGUGUAUUCAUCAUGGUCCACCAGCAGCUAUGACCCCAACCCACCUGGCCUCUCCAGCAAGACGGCUCUCUCUCUGCUGCACAGUAAACAGAGGCUCAGUUCCUCCAUCUACACCACAUCACCCAUGUCAGUCAGGAGGACCGAGUCACUGGAGCAGGAGGACCACAACAGACUGAGCUCCACUGAGGUUUACAACAGCCAGUCGUGCUGCAGAAACCAGGAGGGAUCCAGGAAGGGACAGUGGUCUGCAGGUGACGACAGCUCUAAUAGAAAAGAAGCAAAGGAUGAAGAGAAGAAGGAGGACGAGGAGGAGGAGGGGGAGGAUGUACCCUUGUGCUUCAGAGAUAAAAAACCUCCUGAUGUUUGCAUCUCAGAGAGAGGAUCACAUGAGAAGCACGCCGCCAGUCAAAGUGGAGGUGGAGGGAACAGCCAGUGUGACGAAUGUGUUCUCCAAACGUGCAGCCAUGGCGCCGCAGAAUCAGCGACGUACAUCUCCAAACAGUCAAACAGUUCUUUGAAAACCAAAGGAGUCUGUGAGGAACCUUCAGUCCAGCCGCACACACACCAAGAUCAGAAGUACUCUGACUCAAAGAAGAGUGGACACGAUGAGGAUCACACUGCAAAGACCCCGGACCAAGGAUGUGAUGAAGAGAACAGGACCAUGCCAGCUGAAGACCCUGCUCCCUCUGGUCGAGGGAAACCUCUACCCGGCACUCAGCCGAUUGAGCCUGAACCACGACAAUCCGCCCCUCCACCUCUCAAGGAUCCCUCCCCGAGGAGCUCAGCCAGCGCCCGGAGGGCCUUGUUCGCCCGCCGGCGCCUCGACGCUUCAGCGUCCACGUCCUGCGCAGGCUCGCAUUCUCCGGGUGCUCAAACCCUGAUUCCACUGACGGAGCCGUCUCCACCUCGCAGCCCGUCACCCCGGCCUUACCUGUCCCCCCUCCCUUCUUCCUCCCUCUCCCCUGCUACUUGUCAUGCCUCCUCCUCCUCCUCCACCCUGAGACCCGUCUCCCCUCUCAGAGGUCUCUCUCCCAUAAUAGCGCAGCCCCAUGGCUCUGAGUCCUCCAGGCCUUCAGGUUUACUGGCAAACAUAUCUGCUCCGUGUCACGCCUGUCUUCACCCAAGAGACCAACCGUCUACAGCGAGACUGUCUGUGGAUGAGGUUGGUCUGACCCACAUCACCCUGCAUCCCACACGGCCUCGGGGAGCCCACAACCUCCUGAGUCACCUCCCUCUGCAUUCCCAGCAGCCGAGCAGGACCCCGAGCCUCCUCAUUCCCAUUGGGGGGAUUCACAUGAUUCAACCCAGGUCCCCCCUCCCUCUGUACAGCCUGGUGAGCAGCCCCUCAGCAGCUCCAGCUUACUCUGCGAGGACAGGGGCAUCCUGGAGACUUAGUGACGCUCCGAAAGGGAGGUUUUCUCUGCUGCAGCGACAGGAUACUCUCAAAGAGACGUCGCACAGCCCGCCGGACCCCGAGGCGUUAGAGGGAACAUCCAGGAGCGGCAUAUCGGACACUUUACUACCCAGAAAGAGCGGAGGAGGAUGCUUCAGCGUCCAGCAGCCCAAGAGGGCCGGGGCAGAGCUCAGGCAUCUGAAGGUAGACACAGACGCACAAUUCACAGACAGGUGUGUUUAUCCCAAAACCACCCAAGGCCAAAAAAAGGCUCCUUCCUCCCAGACGCCGCUGUGAUAGGGGGAAGAGCCUGAAGGGAAAGUGCAACAGAUUUGAAGUCUGGAAACCAGAGGCUGCUGUUAAAACACAGCGCUGGUUCAGAGACAGAGGAGAAACAAGGCAAGAGCACUUCAGCACCGCUUCUGAAUGACGCUGUUAUGUAAUUAUAUGAAUAAUAUAUAUAGACACUAUGUUAGAUAUGCAGUAUGUUUUGUAAGUCUUUUUUUACCCUCUUGUUUGAUGUCAUCGGUGUUAAUUUAUUUAUGUGCUAUUAUGCAAGUUCUGUACAAUAUGCAAGAGCAGCUGGAAUGAAAAUAGACAAAGUUUUAAUCAGUUCCCCUUCUCUCCUCUCCGACAGCUCUAAUAUAUAUUGCUGUGUAAAUGUACUGUAUUACCAAAAUGGAUAUAGAAAGGUACUACAAAUAUUUAUUCACCCGACCAGUAUUUUGAAGUGCAAUUUAAUGUGGAGAUUGUAGUUUGAAACGUCACUUUUAAAGGCCGUGAUGAAUAUGAUUUGUCCGUUUUGUUUUCGUUUGUUGUCGUCGUCUUUGUUUGUGUUUCAAGAAGCAGGGUUACGAUCACCUCCUUUUCUAACGUCUUUAGGAAAAGAAGUUUCAGAUCAAGACAUUUGCAGUGCACUGACAAAACAUUUGAUACCCAGAGGAAACCUGUUUCACGUACAUGGUAGCUACGGUGCCGUUCUUUUCAUAUACAGAUACAUGUAUUUUUGUGUUGGUGCUUUUAUAAAUGAUACAAUCACUCUGUCAUUUUCAUGUUUACCAUUAAACUUCUCAUUUUUACAGAUUUAUAUUAAAA